GCUGCCUCACGUGGUCCCCCUGUCUUGGCUUUGUACACCCACAGUGUCCUUUCUUUUACACCUGUGCCCACUUCAUCACCUACGGCCAUCCCGUAAACGUCUCUGGACAUUUACACAUCACAGUGUGCUUGAGUCCGAGAAUAACUGUCUGAUUUCCAUUAGAUUCUCAGCCUUAGUGCACCUUUCACCACAGCACGACCCAUUUCUUUCUGGAUUAUUGGAAUGGAAGGAAAAAAGUGUGAGUCCUUCUCUGCCUCACUGACCUCCACAGUCAUAGGGGGCCAAACAGAAGAGCCGUAAGGCAGUUAACGCAGACACCUCCCGAGCAUCAGGAAAGAAGACCUGUUUCCUGUCAGAACUUUGUCUGAAAUCCACAUAGGAACAACCAUGAAGUUCUGGAUUUGCCUGCUCCUCACGUUCGUCAGUGUCCAUCUGCCCGUGCUGGGAAGCCUCAGGACAAAACACAAGAGUGGUAAUGGUGCAGAGAGAGGGAGGAACAACAGGAAGAGUGGGAACGUUGUCACUCCAUGGACACUGGCGCUCCUAGAUGAAAUGGCAUCAGUUGAUGAGUGCUGGGUGCAACCUCCAUCAGAGUACUGUGCAAACAGGUGCACGCGGCUGCAGACUUGCGUGAACCCUAAUCUUACAUGCUGUUGGGCCUACUGUGGAAAUAUCUGCUUGGACAGAGAAGAGUCCUUUAAAACAAUGCUAAUCCCCUAAGUUCUGUCUGGCCCACCACUAGCAUGUGCAGAAGAAUAACACUGUGGUCUAGGAAGAGUGCUGCCUGGUUGCUGUUGGGAUGUGAACUUGCUCCA